UCAGCCUUAUGGCUCAGGCCCGAGGAUUGUGCCAAUACCCAAUACCGCCAAUACCUUCUAGCUGGCAGCUUCCCCAGAUGUCGCGAUCUGUAUUCGAUGAAGUGCACAUAUCCUUAAAGCCGAUAUAGAAUUGAAGCGCUCGACGAUCAACAAAUUUUGCACCUUGCAGACGGAACGUCACAGCGGAGGGCGGCCGCCAUGGCCUGGCGAGAUCGCACCAAUCUUUAUAUUUCCUAUCGUCAAUCAUAUUCCCACCACCCAGCAAAGAAGCAACGAUAUGGCGGAUCUACAGGCAAUGGCUACUAUGAGUCUGGUUUGGGCGAGGAGCACCAGGGGCUCAUGUCGCCGAGCGCAUUCGAAGAUGACGGCGACGCUGUGAUUGAGAUGGACCUGCUGCCACCAAGAUGGACGGACAUCAGCGACGAGAUCACGGAGCUCUUGGGUGACAUAGCCGAGAAAUCACAGAAGUUAGAGAAGCUGCAUCAGAAGCAUGUGCUCCCUGGGUUCGACGACGACGUAGUGAAGCGGAAUGAAGAAGGGGAGAUUGAACGGUUGACGCAAGGGAUCACACAAGGGUUCCAUGACUGUCAAAGGUCGAUAAAGAGGAUAGAUAACAUGGUGAAAGAGUCCAAGCAACAGGGGACCAUCAGUAGUGGAGAGGAAACCAUGGCGAAAAACAUACAAAUAUCGCUGGCGGCGCGUGUCCAGGAGGCCAGUGCUGGUUUCAGGAAAAAGCAGAGCGCAUACCUGAAAAAAUUACGAGGCCUUGGUGGCAUGAGCUCGCCGAUAGACCGAUCGGCCACUCCCCAGUUCGCCAACUACACAGACCCGUCGUUGAUGGAAUCUAAUGCCGACAAAUCAUAUUCGGAGUCGACACUACUUCAAACAACCCACAAACAACUCACCUCAAACGACAGUACCAUCAUGCAGCGUGAGCGUGAAAUCACAGACAUCGCACAGGGUAUUAUCGAACUCGCGGACAUCUUCAAAGACCUGCAGGCUAUGGUGAUAGACCAGGGAACAAUGCUCGAUCGGAUAGACUACAACGUGGAGCGGAUGGCCACAGACGUUAAAGCUGCCGAUAAGCAACUGACGGUGGCAACGGGGUAUCAGAAGAAGUCGGUGAAGCGGAAAAUAAUUUUUUUGCUUAUAAUUAUCAUUGCGGGGAUGUUUAUCCUGCUGAUUAUCAAACCGAAGGGCGGCAAUAGGAGUUCGUCGGACGAAGAGAUACCACCGCCUCAGAGGAGGCUAUUGUAAUUUAUUCUCUCAACAUAUUUCCCAAAUAACUGGUCGCGAAAUGUGAUAUAAUCCAUAGCUUGCUAUGAUACGUAUGAGAAAGCUCAGGAACACCCCCGGGGCGGCUUCGGCCUUCGAAGUUUCACCAGCACUUGAACUACAGAAUGUUGGACAUAGUCACGGUUUAUUGGAAGCGAAAAAUUGAGUGUACGGGAG